AUGCUUGGUCAGGACUGUCCACCACUCUACGGCCUGUGCUCGCAAGGCAUGUGCAAUAACUCUGCCGGUAUCUUCGGUAAAUACGUCGUUCCUUACGUCAACUGCUCGAUUACCUACCCUACCAGCCCCAACAAGCCGUUCUGCGGUGGAGGGGCCGUCAAGCCCAUCACGUGCUGUAACAAGUGCGCGAAUCUUACGGCCGGCUCUGUCAGCACUUCCUUCAGCUGCGCCUUCUGGAUGCACGUUGCUACUGGCCCAUCCGGGAGCUGCUCCGAUUCCUUGUGCGGCAAGUGCAUCCUGUUCCCCUCCGGAACCAUCCCCUCGUGCAACGGUACCCUUCAAUGCGCGCGCCUGGUAUCCGACUCCGCCACGGACUCGUCAGUAACUGCUAAGCUGUCGCAUCCGUUCCACAAAGAUUUUCGCGUGACAUGGGGAAACGUGACUGUAUCGGAUGACGGCCGCGCGGAGUUGUCUCUCGAUAAAGCGUCCGGAUCCGGCUGGUCGUCCAACCAGCCGUACUACAACGGGUGGUUCUCUUCAUGGAUCAAAGUGCCGUCCGGAUACACGCCAGGCGUUGUCACGGCCUUCUAUCUACACUCGGAAUGGAACGCCUCAUGGCCCGGCGACUUCCACGACGAGGUCGACAUGGAGUUUCUCGGCGAGCGCUUCUCCAGCGACGUGAUUCUGCAGACCAACUGGUACGGCCAGGGCGUCGGCGGGCACGAGGAGCGCCUCAAGCUCUGGUUCGACCCGGCGGCGGAUUACCACCACUACGCGUUCCAAGUCAACCCCGAUUGCAUCCGCUGGUUCGUCGACGGGAUUCUGAUCCGCGAGGCGUGCAAGACGGCGGUGGGGAACGACCCGUUCCCGUCCUCGUCGAUGUUCCUGGUCGCGUCGCUGUGGGAUGGGAGCUCCUGGGCGACGCAGUACGGCGCGCUGAAGAUCGACUGGGCGCACGCGCCGUUCCGCGCCGGGUUUCACGGGCUGUCUGUGGAUGGGUGCUACUGGCGACAGAUGGACGAGAAGGAAGCGCCUGCUUGCGCGCGGACGCGCGGGAAUCGCGACUGGCAGCCGACGUGGGAAAAGGGGUUGGAGGAGAAGGAUUACGUGCUGCUCCGACACACGCAGGCGCAUUAUAUGACUUACUCGUACGCGCUGGACAAGACGAGGAAACCGUUCAAGCCUAAGCGGACUGCUGAAGCGACAGUGGUAGACGCGACGGCAGGAGAAGGAGUCAUCCCUGAAGAGAUUUCUUUCCUCCUUGCGCCCCGACAUCGUCGUCCCCGCGCAUUGCUAUACCCUAUCCCUGCACGUCUGGUCGGCUCGGCGAAAGAGGGGUCUCUGGGAGAGCGCCAGACUGGUUUUUGUUCUUCCGAGUUUGCCGAAGCGCGGGCUGCUGUUACGUCGCGGAGCGCGAUGGGAGGGCGGAAGGCGCGGCACCGGAUGCACGUGGGCGCGCUAGCGGCGCUCGCCGCCGCCUGCUUCGCGCUCGCCGCCGUCACAAGCAUCCCAGGCGUGGCACGGCACUUAUCCCUCCUCUCCGCCCACCGCCCCCGCUCCUCCCCUUCCGCCCCCCUCUCCGCCUUCCCCCUUGCAUCCUCCGCGGCCCCCCGCCACUUGCUGCUGGAGCGGGCGGACACCAUCGUGAGCGGGGAGCAGGGUGCGGGGGUGCGGAGAGAGGGAGGGGCGGCGGAGCCUCGUGCGCAUGAGGAGGAGGAGCGAUGCGAGGAGCCGUAUGGCUGGCUGCCGUGCAGCACGACAGUGGGUGGCAACGCGUUUCUCAUGGUGGCUUAUGGUUACAUCAUCCUCGUCGCCGCUAGACUCAUUUCCGAUGGCUCCGAGCUGCUGCUGCAGGUGCUGGACCCAGGGCUCAUCGGGGGGCUGUUCCUGCCCAUGCUGGGAGCAAUGCCCGACACCGUGCUCAUUCUGGUAUCCGGGCUGGGGGGCAGCAGGGAGCAGGCGCAGGAGGAGGUGCUGGUGGGAAUGGGUGUGCUAGCAGGCAGCACCGUCAUGAUCCUCACCGUCGCCUGGGGGGGCUCGUUGCUCUGCGGCCGCUGCGACCUGGAGGAGAAGGAGAGGAGCGACGGGAGUGUUGACCUGGUGGCCAAGGACAAGACGCUCACGCGCCCCUGGGACUUGAAAGGCACAGGGGUGACCACGGACGAGCAGACGCGCCUGGGAGCGUGGAUCAUGAUGGCCACCGUCAUACCCUUCGUCAUCAUGCAGGUGCCGUUCCUGGACGGGGGGCAGUACCCCGAGUACCAGGCGCGCAUCACAGCGCUGCUGGGGCUGCUGCUCUCCACAGCUGGCCUCGUUGCUUAUUGCGCCUACCAGGUGCUGUCCCCCUGGUUGCAGUCCUCCAAGAUCCACUAUGCGCGCAUGCACCUGAUGCGGGCGCGUGCGCUGCACCACCUGCACGACCUGGCGCUGCAGAACACGUGGGGCGGGCUGCUGCUGCCGGAUGGCACGCCCAACCGCGAGACCAUCCACCGCGUGUUCCGGCACUUUGAUGAGGACGGCAAUGGGACUCUCUCCCGCAGCGAGCUCAAGGGGCUGGUCCUGGGGCUCGGCAUUCGCAGCCAGGCACCAGGAGACGUGCCGGCAGACGACGAGGUGGCAGCAUGGAUGCGCGACUUUGACUCCAACUCCGAUGGCGAGAUCGGCUAUGAGGAGUUCAUGUCGGGCAUGCAGCGCUGGAUCACCCACCACUCCUCGCCCUCCCACCGCCCCUCCACCAUGUCCCUCCUCAGAGGCGCCAGUGCGGACAACAAGUUCUGGGAGGGGCAGCUGGCGAGUGCCAAGGGGCAGCUGGAGGGGCUGGAGCAGGAGCUGGAGGAGGAGGUGGAGGACGAGGAGCAGGAGGACGUCGUCAAAACGCCCGCGCAGAUCUACCGCGAGGCCAUAAUGCUGAUAGCAGGAGGGGCAAUGCUGGUGGGGUGCUUUGCAGACCCUGUGAUCGACUCAAUCACUGCCUUCUCCAGGGCAUCAAGCAUCCCGCCGUUCUUUGUGGCGUUUGUGGUGACGCCGCUGGCGUCCAACGCGAGUGAGCUGGUGUCGUCGCUCUACUUUGCCAUGAAGAAGCGCCGCCGCACCGCCUCGCUCACCUACUCGCAGGUCUACGGCGCCAUCACCAUGAACAACACCAUGUGUCUGGGCACGUUCCUUGCUCUGAUCUAUUUUCGAGGCCUGGCAUGGCAGUUCAGCAGCGAGGUUGUCAUUAUCCUGCUCAACACCUUUGUGGUCGGCCUCCUGGGCGGCAGCCGCCACACCUUCCCCACCUGGAUGGCCUUCCCCGUCCUCUUGCUCUACCCAGUGUCGCUUGCCAUUGUGGCUUGUCUUGACACAGAUCUUGGAAUAUUUGACGCAACCACUCUCGAUCUGCCACCUGAGCUGCGGUUACACGUAUCAAGGUCAACACUUCGAGCUACCGUCUCUCCACUGCAGGUUUUGUCUGUAACCAUGGCGACCGCUCCCGUCUCCUCGGCGAUGAAGGCGUCCCUCUCCACGAGCAAGGCGUUCCUCGCGUCGCCCGUGGUCUCCGGCCCCGCCUCAGCCAACAUCGCGCGCUUCGAUGGGCUCAAGUCGGCCUCCACCUUCGCGGGCGCCAAGCCCACCUCGCAGGCCGUUCAGCUGCGCGCCAAGUCCUCAGCGGUGCAGAGCAGCUCGGCGCAGAGCGGCGUGGUGCGGUGCGAGCAGACGGAGCCCGGCAUGAAGCUGGUGUUCGUGUCGGCGGAGGUGGCGCCGUGGAGCAAGACCGGCGGCCUGGGCGACGUGCUGGGCGGCCUCCCCCCCGCUCUCGCCGCCAGGGGCCACCGCGUGAUGACGGUGUCGCCGCGCUACGACCAGUACAAGGACGCCUGGGACACUGACGUCAUCAUCGAUGUGAAGGUGGGCGACGCGGUGGAGAAGGUGCGGUUCUUCCACUGCUACAAGCGCGGCGUGGAUCGCGUGUUCGUGGACCACCCGUUGUUCCUGGCCAAGGUGUACGGCAAGACGGGCAGCAAGGUGUACGGGCCCAAGACGGGCGUGGACUACGACGACAACGUGCUGCGCUUCUCGCUCUUCAACCAGGCGGCGCUCAUGGCGCCCAAGGUGCUCGCGCUCAACAACAACCCCUUCUACUCGGGCACGUACGGCGAGGACGUGGUGUUCGUGGCCAACGACUGGCACACGGGCGUGCUGCCGGCGUACCUCAAGGUGCUGCAGCAGCAGGGGCACUUCCGCCAGGCUAAGGUGGCCUUCUGCACGCACAACAUCGCGUACCAGGGCCGCUUCGCGCCCUCCGACUUCGACCGCCUCAACCUCCCCGACUCCUUCCGCCCCUCCUUUGCCUUCACUGACGGGUACGCGACGCCGGUGAAGGGGCCGAAGAUCAACUGGCUGAAGGCGGGAUUCACGGAGGCGGACAUGGUGCUGACGGUGUCGCCCAACUACGCGGCGGAGCUGCAGUCGGGGCCGGCCAAGGGCGUGGAGCUGGACGACGUGAUUCGCGCCAAGGGCAUCAAGGGCAUCGUCAACGGCAUGGACGUCACGGAGUGGGACCCGUCGGAGGACAAGUUCCUCGACGCGCGCUACGACGCGUCCAACGUGCUGGAGGUCAAGCCGGCGCUCAAGGAGGCGCUGCAGGCGGAGGUGGGGCUGCCGGUGCGCGCGGACGUGCCGGUGCUGGCGUUCAUCGGGCGGCUGGAGGAGCAGAAGGGGUCGGACAUUCUGUCGGCGGCGGUGGAGGAGAUUCUCGCGGGCGACGUGCAGCUGAUCGUGCUGGGCACGGGCAAGAAGUACCUGGAGCAGCAGCUCGAGGCGCUCGAGACCAAGUACCCCGACAAGGCGCGCGGCGUCGUCAAGUUCAACACGCCGCUGGCGCAUCUCAUGACGGCCGGCGCCGACUUCAUGCUGGUGCCGUCGCGCUUCGAGCCGUGCGGGCUGAUCCAGCUGCACGCCAUGCGCUACGGCACGGUGCCCAUCGUGGCGUCCACGGGCGGGCUCGUGGACACCGUGAAGGACGGCGUCACGGGCUUCCAGAUCGGCGAGUUCAACGUCGACUGCGAGGCGGUGUAUCCGGAGGACGUGGCGACGCUGACGGCGGGAGUGCAGCGCGCGCUCAAGGUGUUCGGCACGCCGGCGUUCGACCAGAUGAUUCUCAACGGCAUGGCGCAGGACCUGUCGUGGAAGGGCCCCGCCAAGGAGUGGGAGGAGACGCUCCUCUCGCUGCAGGUCGAAAACUCCUCGCCCGGCCAGGCCGACGGCGUCGAAAUCGCGCCCAAGGCCCUCGCCAACGUCGCCGCCCCCUAA